CCAUUCCACCAGACCUGUUUUAAUUCUUAAGAAAAUUAUUUUCUGAAAAAUAAGUUUUAAAAGUUUUGAAGUUUUGAAGUCCCUAUUUUAAGGUCCUCUCAGUUAGAACCAGUCAGGGAAACAGAAACUACUGCGGGUCAUACAAGCAGAGGGAAUUUAAUAUAGGACACAGAUUAUAUAUGUGAUAUAAGGGUGAAGAAGCUAAGCCGGCUGGUGAGGCACCCAGGGAUUAGCAAUACCUGGGAGCUAGGGUGCCACUAAGGAAAUUAGAAGGUGCUGGUGUCAUGAGGGCCAGAAGUAUGGAGAGUGGAGCUGUCCAGUGGCAGCUGGAACUCGGCCAAGUUAGAAAGAAUCUUUACUUCUCCCCUCCCAUUCAGGGAACUUAUCCAGAAGCCACUUGGCAAGGGAGGCUGGGAGAUGUAGUUAAGAGUAGAAUAAGGUCAGGAUCCAAGCACCAAUAGGCAAUAACACAAAGGUGCUUAAAACACCUCUAAAAUACAAUCUUUCCCGCUUACUUGAGUUAUUAUGGACAAGAAAUAGAAAGGGCGUUCAGCCAGAUACAACCUCUAUGCUUCUAAAGAAUGUUGGCUGUUGCUGAAAUAAUAAUUAGUCCCAGGAAGUAAUGUAAUAACUUAGCCAUAGCCUGUGUAAUUAGGGUGUAUGACUAGGCAAAUUACUUCUGUUGAAUUUGCUGGCUGCCAGAAGUGAUUUAUCUUUCCUUUACUCAGAAAAUAAGUUCCCACCCUGUCAAUUCUGGGAAGUUUUAGGCUUAGGCCUGGUGUUUUUACAUUGAUAUGCAUCCAUUUACAGCUGGGUGACUUGAGUGAGUGGCACAGAGGAUGCCCAAAGAGUUUUGAGGAUGGCAGGCUUAAAACACGGUACUGAUUAGUCUUUCCUCGAUAGUAAGGUAAUUGCUUUGGGUACUAAUUUUCCUUGGGUUGCACAUCAUUUUAGCUAGUCUGUUGGUUGGCUGGUCGAUUUUCCCCAAACACUUCUGAUAGAUUAGCAUUGGGACGGUGAGAUCCCUGGAUCUAUUUUCUUCUACACUAAACCUGAAAAGCAUUUUGUCUUAUAAGGAAUGUUGCUGCUGUUCUGUCUAGAGGCAAAGUUUCCCAAAUUACUGCUGCUAAUUUUUUUCUUGAUUAUGAAAGUGUCUGAGUUUCAUGAUACAAGUUCAGCACUUUCUAGAAGUGCUUUUUUUGUCAAUCAGGUCACCUGCAUUUGGGCCCUUGCUACAUUAAUGGAGUUGGUGGAACUAGGCCAGUAAAGGGUUUCAGUGCAGUCUGAAUAUGUUUGCUUUGGGGCUGUUACUUUCUUCAGAGACCACAAUAAGGGGACUUCAUUGUUUGAAUCACCGACUGUAAAAAUCACAUAUAUCAUUGAUUUUCACUUUUCUCCAAAAAGCUAAUUUCUUCUUUGUAGGUAUUGCUAUAAUUCACAGAUAUAAUGAAAAUAUCACUUAGUAUUUUAAAAAGCAUAUCUGACUGCUUUCCAGAGUAUCUGUUCUUUUCAGCCAGGCCAUUUUAGCCUAAAAGGUACAUCUAUGCCUUUUUGAAGCUUCAUAUUUAAUAAGUAUAAUACUCCACUACUGUGCUUGACUCUUCCCUUUUUCAAACUUUCUCCUUCCCUACCCCCCUCUUCUGGAUCCUGUACUUCCUCACAGGCUUGGUGAAUGCUGGGUCAUUGAUGGCUGAACAGCAGGUUCCUCCUCAGUGGAAAACCCCAGAGAUGAGCUAAACUUACCUUCAGCUGUGGCCAUCCAGCAGCGUAAGGUUGCCCUGGUGGUUGUCUUCGGUUUGUAUGAUUCUCCUCUUCCCUCUGUCUUCCCCCUUGUGUGCCUGAAACUUGCCCUGGCAUCCACCUUUGUAACAUGUCACUGGCUCCUAAUAGGCUCUUAUUAUUGCUACUUCUUUUCACGUUCAAUUAAUGUGAAGUGAUUCUCUGACAAUUUUUGUUGACCAAAGCACUUUUUUCUCCCAAUUUCUUAUAGGUAGUCCAGUUUGCUUUUAAAUACAUACAGAAUACAAUUUAUCUAAGUACUGGAUUUCUUUCAUAAGUCCACAUAGAGAAUACUUUGUUGAUUUUUUUUAAUUGUAAGCCGGAACUUAAAAAAAAAAAAAAAAGAAAUAUCUUAGUCCAAAAAUCCCUCCAGCUUCAUGUCAUUUUUUUCCUACCCCCAAACCAAAUAUGUAUGCUCCCAUUUUAUGAUGUAUUGAGAGUAGUAAAGCAAAUGCAGGAGGGAGAGGGACCUAUGCUCAGCUGUAGCUGAUAAGCCUGUCCUGGCCUGGUGAUUGGAGUACAUAGAGCAUCUUUUCUUUCCCCUUUUCAAAAAGCCAUUCUGUCUUUUGUAGCAGUUGCUAGUGAUGCUUCCAUCACAAAUCUCUUAAGUCUCUUCUGCACAGUCUAUAUCCAUAGAUGUAGGUUUAUUUGUUAAUCCUCAAAUGUUUCUUCACCUCAUUUGCCUGAAGUGCACAUGCAGGAAAUUUUGUUGUUUUAACUUCUUCCUCUUUUCUUGUCUAACUGGAAGUCCCCAAAUGUGUGGAUUUAGAAAUGAGUUCUCUCAUUUCUAGCCUUGAGUUAAAAAUCUUGCCUUAAUGUUUAGAUGGUUGUUUUUGUUCUUAUGCCAUUCUUACAGAAUUUCCUGUGUAAGCUGGUGACAUCUUAUGCUGCAAUAUAAAGCUCUGGGGGAGGGGACAUUGAUAUCUUUUGGCUGCUGUUGAUCUUUUAACUCAUGUGAUAACUGACAUACAUCCUUAGAGGAGAAAUAGGAAGGAAACUGCCUGCUUUUGUUCAAAAUAGUUGUAAACAGCAGGGCUCAUGGAAACCAAUUUGAGUGUGAUGGCUGAUGUGAAAAAGAAAAAAAAUUAAAAGAUUUAGGCGCUUGUACUGUGUUGGAAACAUUUUUACCCAGAGUAGCUGUUUGGAACAGGGGUUGACUUUGUUGCUCUGACAGUGGGCACUACGAGUUUGAUUAGUGAAACUGCUGCAGCCAGAGGAGAAAUUUGAGAAAAGGUCUUUCUGCUGUAUACAUGCUCCCAGUUUGUAUGAGAGAGAGCAAGGAGGCGUCAUACAUGCGAUGUUGGAACCAGGAGCUAAGUUGGUUCUGAGCCUAGUCUGAGCAGAAGCAUCCUGACACAAGUGACUCAAAUUAAAGGUCUAUAUUAUGGCAGAGUAAAAAUAGGUCCUAGUUUCAUUAGACUUCUCAUGCAUUUGGGGGGUGUGGGGGGAGAUUUGUUGCCUCAGGAACAGACUCAGACCAGUUGUUUUUUGUCUUAUGAGAUUUGGGGGAGUGGGAAAGUGUGAGAGUCCCUGUGCUUAUUAUCUAAAUGUUAAAUGUUGCUUCUUUAAAAAGCAGAGCCUUCAUCUUUUCUGACUAUGAAAGUUACCCACAUUCAUGAUAAAAAUAAUUGGAAAAUAUGAAAAAAAAAGAAUCAUGCAGAAGAUAGUUCUCAUAAUUCUUAUCAACCACUAUUUACUGGAGUUUAAACCAUGAUUUUAUAUCAUUAUUGUUUCACUUCACAUUUAUCAAAAGCAUCUUCAUGCCAGUAAGACAUUUAAAUAUCUUUAUUAUACUCUAGCAUUGGGCAUUUGGGUUUUCAGCAUUAUAAAUAAUGGUGCAAUGUAAAUUUUUGUGAUGCUGUUACGCUGAUGGGUUAUUUAUGCUUUCAGGCUUGAAUAGUCAUGGGGGCCCUCUAAUUUUAAAAAGUUGGGGGAUUUUUCUGGGUUGGGCCCAUUUGGACAUGGCUUUGCUAUGGGGGCUGUCAUUCUGAAAUGCUUCAUUGCAGUAGACAUGUGUUGAAGCAAGGAGUGGAGAGCUGGGGAGAACCCUGGCCUGACCAUAAGGACAGCUUGAUGGUCAUAUCACAGAAAGAUGGGCUAGCCCUUCCAUUAUAUGCCUGUUGUGUGGGAAUGUUGUCAUGGCAUUGAUUAGCCUCUGACAUUGUUCACAUAGUCCUUCAUGUAAAUUUAUCCACUGGGAAGGUGGAUUAGAGGCCCUACAUUCGUAGAAAGGGGUAAUACUUUUGCAUUUUUAAGUUUGUUUUUUGAACUGGGCAUUCCUUAGACUGUAAGGGCAGGGACUGUGUCUUUGUUUGCCUAUAUACCUAGUGCACAGUGUCUGGUAGUAUCUCUGUCCUCAUCAUGAAUAGUGUUAUUCAUUGACAUGUAUUCAGAUCAUACUCUUGUUUUUGUUUUUCCUGACAUUGACCUUUAUACUGCUAACUCACAUAUUUAAGAUUUGUGACAUUUGAGGAAGCUCAGCAGGUGAAUCUUUUAGCUGCUUUGUGGUAAUUGCUUCAUUUGUGUGCUUCUGGCAUUUGUGUGGCAUUGAAAACUGGAAUCAGUCACGAAGCUAAUCCUCUGUCCUUUCUGUAGGAGGUUUUAAAGUGACACAUCAUCAUUUUGGGAAUGUAGCAAGGGGUGUGGAACAGGAGGCUGAAAUAGCAGUCCUUUAGCCCUUUUGUGGGAUAGGAGUAAAUAUUUAGACAGUGGUCUCAGGUGCUGUAGAACUUAAUAAUAACCUUGCAGCAGUUUUUGAAGCGCUCCUUGUAUCCACUGGAACAGGGCCACGAUGGGCCUCCUGGAACAUUGGCGUGUUUAUCUGCAUUCGAUGUGCUGGAAUCCACAGGAAUCUGGGAGUGCACAUAUCCAGGGUAAAAUCUGUAAACCUUGACCAGUGGACUCAAGAACAGAUUCAGUGCAUGCAAGAGAUGGGGAAUGGAAAGGCAAACCGACUUUAUGAAGCCUACCUUCCUGAGACCUUUCGACGACCUCAGAUAGACCCAGCUGUUGAGGGGUUUAUUCGAGAUAAAUAUGAGAAGAAGAAAUACAUGGACCGAAGUCUGGACAUCAAUGCCUUUAGGAAAGAGAAAGAUGACAAGUGGAAAAGAGGGAGUGAACCAGCUCCAGAAAAAAAAAUGGAACCUGUUGUUUUUGAGAAGGUAAAAAUGCCACAGAAAAAAGAAGAUCCACAGCUACCUCGGAAAAGCUCCCCGAAAUCCACAGCACCUGUCAUGGAUUUGUUGGGCCUUGAUGCUCCUGUGGCCUGUUCCAUUUCAAAUAGUAAGACCAGCAAUACCUUAGAGAAGGAUUUAGAUCUUUUGGCCUCUGUUCCAUCCCCUUCUUCUUCAGUUUCCAGAAAGGUUGUAGGUUCCAUGCCAACUGCAGGGAGUGCUGGCUCUGUUCCUGAAAACCUGAACCUGUUUCCGGAGCCAGGAAACAAAUCAGAAGAAGUAGGCAAAAAACAGCUCUCUAAGGACUCCAUCCUUUCACUCUAUGGAUCACAGACGCCUCAAAUGCCUGCCCAAGCAAUGUUCAUGGCUCCUGCUCAGAUGGCAUAUCCUACAGCCUACCCUAGCUUUCCUGGGGUUACACCUCCUAACAGCAUCAUGGGCAGCAUGAUGGCUCCACCAGUAGGCAUGGUAUCUCAGCCAGGAGCUUCUGGAAUGGUUGCCCCCAUGGCCAUGUCUGCAGGCUAUAUGGGUGGCAUGCAGGCACCAAUGAUGGGUGUGCCGAAUGGGAUGAUGACCACCCCGCAGGCUGGCUACAUGGCAGGCAUGGCAGCCAUGCCCCAGACGAUGUAUGGGGUUCAGCCAGCUCAGCAGCUUCAGUGGAACCUUACCCAGAUGACCCAGCAGAUGGCGGGGAUGAAUUUCUAUGGAGCCAAUGGGAUGAUGAACUAUGGACAGUCAAUGAACGGUGGAAAUGGACAGGCAACAAAUCAGACUCUGAGUCCUCAGAUGUGGAAAUAAAAGCAAAACACCUGUAUGGCUGCCACUCUUCUCAGCCCUCGCUCUCCCCCUUUCUCUUCUUUUCCCAACUCCUCUCUCCAUCCCCUUUCCUACUUCUUUCUGUUUGGGUUAUAAAUUGCUCAACAAGUCACUUGGGGUUUGGCAUCCUGUCCAACCCAACCACUUCCCAAACACACAGACCUCUCUGUUGCUUUCUGUUGUUCAUGUUCCCUGACUGUCCCAACUUCCUCCCCAGCCAUAGCCCCUAUCUUCUCCUGGCACCAGCACCUUAGAAAUUGUUGGCAGAAGGCACUUGAACUGCAGGGGAAAUGUGCACACCUUCUCUCAAGGUGGAGCCCUAUCAGACCCUCAGUGAGGUCUGUAAGUGUACGUAUUCGGCAAAGAGGGUAUAGUGUAGAGAUCCUUCUAUAUGUGUUAAUAAGCUGUAAGAGUUUAAAGUUUUAGUUAAAAGGUAAGCAUCGUGUUGCCAUGCUUUAUGGGAAUGAAGAACAUCCUGCAAUCAAAUACUCCUUGGGUCUUGGAUCAGGUUGGCCCAAGCCCUGGGGUAAGGCAAGCCCCUUCCUAUGAGGAUGAGCAAAAAUAUUACUGCACUUCACCCUGAGUACUUUCUGGAUCUGGGGCUUCAGGACUCGCUGCUUCAGUCAGCCUUCAUUAGCACCAAAGACUUCAUGAAGGCCCCAUACACACAUGCAGCCCUGCCGCCUCCUACCUGCCUUCAGCAGGAUCCGACCUGUGGCCGGAGGGCCAGCCCCAUGUGGGAAUGCAGAGCUUAAUAUGUGCACUGCGUGUGCGUGUGUGCGUGUGCGUGUGUCUGUGUGUGUCCCACUACCCACCUCUCCCUUUCCGCUCUGGGUAUAUUUGUUUUUUUUGUUUUAGGUUUACAACAGAGAGGAGUUAAUUUAUCAACAAUUUAAAACUGUUGCCAGUUUUUCUUACAGUUUUAAAAAAUUGCCAUCUCAUUGAUAGCUCCCUUUCUCCUAUCUCCUCCCAGUCACUCUUCCAUGCCUGAAUAUCUAGGUGCUCUGCCCACCUUUUCCAGGUGUGUGAGGCAGUGAUCCUGGACAGCUUUCCUCUCAGCCAUUGUUCACCCCACUGGGAAAGUCAAACAAGAAAACUUUGUUUAAAAGAUUUCAUGUGUGGGAACCACAAUGCCUGAUUAUCUUUCUUCUGUGUAUGUGUAAAUUCCUUAAUAAAUAUUGCAG